AUCCAAUUAACCCCAAUCCUAGCACAUUUUGCGUCUCUCCUCCCUCAGAGAGUCCUGCAAAUUAGGGUUUAAGCAAAAAGAAGCUAGAGAAGAGUCGAUUCCUUGUUAGUUCUCGUUUCUUUUGGGAAAUUUCUCGUGUAGCAGUAGUUUCGAAGAUCCAAGAUGGCGCGUAAUGAGGAGAAAGCGCAGUCGAUGCUCAACAGGUUCGUCACCAUGAAAGAGUCGGAGAAGAAGCCGCCCAAGGCGCGUCGACCUUACCUUGCGUCGGAGUGUCGCGAUCUGGCGGAGGCGGACAAAUGGAGGCAGCAAAUCCUUCGAGAGAUCGGUCGCAAAGUGGGCGAGAUUCAGAACGAAGGACUAGGCGAGCACCGGCUUCGCGAUCUGAACGACGAGGUUAACAAGCUUCUCAGGGAGAGAUAUCAUUGGGAGCGGCGGAUCUCGGAGCUAGGCGGUCCGAAUUACUGGAAACACGCGCCGAAGAUGACGGAUCUCGACGGGAACAUCGUCGAGGUACCGAACCCUAGCGGUCGUGGUCCUGGGUAUCGGUAUUUCGGUGCUGCUAAGAAGCUUCCAGGAGUUAGAGAGCUAUUCGAGAAACCACCGGAGCUGAGGAAGCGGAGAACAAGGUACGAUAUAUACAAAAGGAUAGAUGCUAGCUAUUACGGGUAUAGAGACGACGAAGAUGGGAUAUUGGAGAGAUUGGAGAAGAAUGCGGAAGGAGAGAUGAGGAAGAGAGCGGUUGAUGAGUGGCGGAGAUUGGAUGAGGUUAGGAAGGAAGCGAGGAAAGGAGCGACGGAGGUUGUGAGCGUAGGAGCUGCGGCUGCGAAGGAGGUGUUGUUCGAGGAGGAAGAGGAUGUGGUGGAGGAGGAGAGGAUUGAAAGGGAGAGAGAGGAGGAGAAGGAAAGGGAGUUUGUGGUGCACGUUCCAUUGCCUGACGAGAAGGAGAUAGAGAAGAUGGUUUUAGAGAAGAAGAAGAUGGAUCUGCUUAGAGAGUAUGCUAGUGAGGAUUUGGUUGAGCAGCAGACGGAGGCUAAAGCCAUGCUCAAUAUCCAGAGAUAAAAAAGGCUAAAUCUAAUCAAAUGUGCCGUUUUGAUGACAAACACUGUGCUCAAUCUAAAGAAGAGAGGGGACAACCAGAGCCGGGCCUGACCAGCAGAGCUUGGGAGCCGAUAAGCUAAAAGUUGUUAGGGGCCAAUUUGUGAAUUGUCGAGAACUUUUUUUUUGUCUAAAGUUCCAAUCUAUGAAGCUAUGUUUUCUUUAUAUUCUCAUGAUCAUUUUUGAUCUUCUGUAUUUUCUUCAAUCCCUUAGAUCAAGAGUCGUCCUCAAAGAAA